ACAGGUGUAAAUGCUGGUCUUGACCCAAUUAAAUGUGUGGUCCAGUGGUGACAAAGGUACAUGAAGCUGUGAUUUGCUGAUUUAACUGGACCAGUGCAGCCAUCAAGAAGCGGUGCGCCCUGUUUAAGAAUAAGCACAGAAUCAAGAGGAGAAGAAGAGAUGGCAGAGAAUACUAGUCCAAAAGGAAGUGCCGGGGUCUUUGCUAAAAAAGUUCAAAGGCAACUGAGUAGAGGCAAAGAAAAGGUGUUGCAAAGACUGGGGAAGACAGUGGAGAGCAGAGAUGAACAAUUUGAGCACUGUCUUCAAAAUUUUAAUGACCAGCAGAGUGAUGGGAACCGAAUAUACAAGGACCUGAAGAGCUACCUCAGUGCAGUCCGAGAUAUGCGUGAGGCUUCCAGACGCCUGUCCCAGUCUCUGUUUGAUGCUUAUGAGACGGACUGGGCUGGAGAGGAGGACUUGGGAGCCAUUGUAGAGGGCGAGGACUUGCUGUGGAAUGACUUUGAGGUGAAGCUAUUAGACCAGGCAGUACGCACCAUGGAGUCUUACAUGGGGCAGUUCCCAGAUGUCAGGGAGAAAAUCUCCAAGAGGGGGAGAAAACUGGUGGACUACGACUCUUCCCGUCACCAGCUGGAGGCACUACAGACUGCCAAGAAGAGGGACGAUGUCAAGAUAACCAAGGCAGAGGAAGAUGUGAACGCUGCCAAAAGCAUCUACGAGAGCAUCAACAGUGAGCUGAAGGAGGAGCUCCCUACUCUCUUCCAAAGCCGCAUUGGCUGCUAUGUGUCAGUCUUCUCGGCCAUCUCAACCUUACGAGACACCUUCCUCAAGGAAAUGAGCACGCUCAGCCAAGAUCUACAGAAUGUGAUAAAGGAGCUUCAGGCUCAGCAUCCAGACAAGGUGUUUGUCGUGAAGGGAUGGCAACGGUAUGGUUCUCUGAAGAGACGAUCUUUGAUGUCCCCUAAAUCAUGGAAAGCCAGCUUUUCUGAGUUCCACAUGAACUACAGUCCUAAGCCUGCCCAGAGGUUUAGUUUCAAGUCCCCGGAUAAACCUCGACAUGGGACCCUGUCCAGGGAGAGCAGCACCCUUGCAGUCUCCCCACAAUCCUCUCCUGCAGAUAGCCCAUUCCCUGAGCUCUGCGAUUCAGAUGCAGGAUCAACCCACAGCAACGUCGUCCACUCUGUGGAGGAGAGGCCUGAUGCUGAGAGGGAAGACGCUGCAACAGGGAGCGCUGCUGAGGAGCUAAAGUCAGGAGAAGAUAAGAAUCCAGGGGAGCAAGACAAAGGUGUGAAAGAAGAUGAGUCUGAGCCUGAUCCCUCUUCAGAUCGGCGUCCAGCCACCUCUGAUAAUAAGGCAGAGGGUGAGAACGCUCUGCCAAGUGAUAGCAGCUCAGAACUGAACAACUCCUGUGAUUCAGAGAGUUUGGAUCUCCAGCUGUCUGCAGCCCGCAGCAGCCCGCUGCACAUAGAAGAGAAGGAUGACAGCCCCGUAACUCUUGACACCCCUAAAUCAAACGGACUGGAGAAUGGAGAAGUUUCUGGCUUUGGUUCUGACUCCAAGGAGCUGAGCUUUCCUCACAAGGACGUGCCUGCAGGAAGCCAGGCAUCCCCAGACUCAAAAAGCACCGUGGUGUAACAAUAAACUUUGAUAUAAGCUGCGACAAUGGAUGCAGAGCAGAGGGAAGACGUCAGUGGCACCAGAGCCAGAAAUAUGAAGAGACAGCAGGACUGAAAUGUGUGGAGCAAGUUAUUAUGUGAGAGCUUUGUGGAUUAAUGAUGUGGACUCUUUCUUAUGGUUAUUUUUCUCUAGUUAUUUAUCUUUUACUGAAAUCAAGUGUACAUAUACCUUUACCUAACACUAAAUUCUCUUCUCUGUAUAUUACCAUGAUUACCAUUGGAAAAAUAUGUUAGUAUGUAAAUGCUGGAUGAGUUUCCCUUUUUUUUUUUGCGAGUCAUUGCAUGAUUCAUAAUUUGCAUUUUGCAGAUAAUUUGGGCCAGAUCAGAGUAGUUAUUUUAUGUUUCCAAUGUUAAAAACAAAUAUUAAUAUUGAAAAUGUAAUAAUACACUGCCUUAUUCCAAUUGUAGGGAAAUGAAUUCAGGAUGGUCUUUAUCAGUAUAUUAACAGCAGAUACUGUAAAAUUUAUUCAUUUCCAAAAAGAUCUGCCACUCCAAACUUUGGACUGAAGACAAACAAAACAUGAACCCAAAUGUUUGUAUUUUGUGCCUAGUUUUCGGAGCAGACAGUUUCAGUUUUUGGUUACUCCAGUGUUCAUUUCAUUUUCAGCUACAGACUCGGUUCGGGGAAAUAUUUGUUAAUCUCUACCUUGGUAAAUUUCAACAAUUUUAUUAUGUAUAAUAAGUUUGCUCCCUACUACACCCCAAAUCUCCUAUAUCUGUUGAUCACCUGUGUAGAAAAGACAGCAUUAUCCAUUUUUGUCAUAUUUGAAUGCCAUACCAUUUUGGUUGGAAUUAAUUUACAUUUGAGCAAUAAUUCUGGUUUUUAGGCCUCAAAUAAAUCA